ACCAAGAAUUAGAAGUUUAGUAUACAGUAAUCCCUCGUAAUCCCUCCUACAUACCUUAAUAUGUACGGUUAAUUUGUUAUAUCUUAAAAUUGUUCAGUUGUUGGUUGAUAUUAGUGCGUGACACGUGUACGGUUGUAUUACUAUUUAAUUUAGUACCAUACUUAUGUACAAAAUAAUAAAAAUUAAAAAUUGUACGUAAGUGAUAAGUCUCGACACUUUACUCACACUCACACUAUUUACCUAACCUAACCUACGCACGGACUAACAAGAGCAGUAACCAUGGCACCACCGCUCACCAGACAGCGGUUAACAGUGGUUCGUCGUGGCAUCAACGGAGCAGAAAUGCUACCAGAUUACUUUCAGAAUAUAGAGGAAUACUCUAGACUUGCAAAAUUAUUGAAUGGUAUAUCCAAUCGUACAAUAAUUAGGAACAAUCAGGAUGAAAAAUUAGCUGAUGUUUUUGAAAAAUGUUCAUCAAUAGAAUUACCAGUUGACACGAAAGGAUCCGAUUUUAUAUGCUGUGCACCGGAUGUCUUAGCAUAUAGUAUAAAAGACAGUAAAAAUUUAAUAAAAUUAGAUUACAAUUGUGCGGAAAUAAAUGGAGCAGGUUUUGGUGGGAAACUAAAUAUGCCUAUUAAUCAAUUAGAAACAAUUCUUAAUACAUUUAGAAAUUGUGCCAAUGAAAUUAAAGAAGAAUGCAUAAAAAACGGAGAGUAUCCAAUGAUAAUUGUAUCAAAUUCUGGCCGUGAAGGAGUAGAACGUAUAAAUGGUGAAUAUCCCUUAUCAGCAAAUAGCAGUAUGAUAUGGGAAACAUUAUUUAUCAUUGAUGAAUUUGCAAAUCAGAUAAGUUCAGUAACAAAUCCUUGCCAUGUAGAUUCAAUUGAUAACAUUGCAAUACCUUAUUUUAAACAAAUUGACAUCGCUAAAGUUAAUUUUGAUAGGGGUAUUUUAAGCAAAGAUGAAUAUAACAAUGAAAUAAAAAGUGCGUAUGCCAAUUCUACAAUUGGGAUAAAAAAAUAUGACGAUCAACCGAUGGUGUUGUUGGGUUACACCAGAGAUAUUGUUGAGUGCUGCAAUAUUGAAAAUGGUCAGCCAUAUUUAUUUGGUCGGCGGAUUAAUGGAAUUCUUAACGACCGUGCAGCAUUAAACCUUAGUAAAACAGAAAAUAAAAAGAUCAACCAUAAAAAAGUUCACAUUAUGAACAUAAGCUACGAAGAAGGUAGUGACAAGUAUGUCACUGCUUUGGCACGUGAGAAAUUUCAUGCUAGCACGGAAUCUAAGUUGUUGCCAACUUUAGCGCGGGAUAGAGGUUUUAUCUAUGAUGUUUGUGGUCUUGAUAAAUCAUAUAAUUUUCAAAGUAAUGAAGAAGAUUUAAUUUCAGUAUCUGUCAUGAAUGAUAAUGAUCUUGCUGCUUAUAGAAUGAGAUACUUUCGAGGGAUUACCGAACAAGAUGGGAUUAAUGGUAUUAUGAAAGCAUUGGAUGAUUUCAAAAAUCUAGGAAUGAAACCUUUGUACAAACCUAGUGGCACUGGUCAAAGUAAAGGAAUUAUAGCGUAUAAGACAGGUGAAUCAAACGAAGAUUUUAAACGGCGUUUUUGUGAAAACAUAAAUAAAAUAAAAAAAGAAUAUGGCAAAGGUGCUGGUUAUCCUUACUUUGUUAUGCCAAUUUUAAGUCUUGCUAGAACUAUAAAAGGUGAGCUAUACGAUCUGAGAUUUGUUAUUUAUCGAAAAAUAAACUGUACGGGUAACUCUACCAUUCAUACAAUUCCACUGAUAUUAAAAAAAUCAUCUGAGAAAGUAACAGAAGAAUCCAUGGAAAAUAAUGAUUUUAUUCCGACAAAUGUUUAUUCAUCAGUUAUAAAAACCGGACGACCUGGAGCAGAAUUUCUUGUACCUUUGUGCAGGGAAGACAGCUUAAAACAAGCAAAUCUUACGAAAGAUCAGGUUAAAAGUAUGUGUUUAUAUUUUAGUGCAUUUCAGUGUUGGCUGUUAAAAACUAAAUACACAUUUUAAACCAAUUAUACUAUUUGAUAGUAAAGACAAAGCCCUGUCAUAAAAAUUGCAUAAUUACGAAACCAUUUAUCAUAUUUUUAGACACCAUAUUCAAUGUAUUUCGCUUUUCUUAUAAUAUUGACUUCGUAAUUUUGAUAUGAUAUAACGAUCCACCUGCAGUUGAAUUGAAAUAGGAUGUAUUGUAAAGUAGAAUAAUUUUUAAAUGUGCAAUAUAUUUUUUUAACAAAAUUUAUACCUUAGAUCAGUAGCUUAAUUAUGGUAUGUGGGUAUUGGGGGGGGGGGGGAAAUGUAUUCUCUCAAAGCCUAUUUUAUUAAAAAAAAGAAAGAAAGGUAAUUCAAUUAUUGUCAGCAAUUGGCUGUAUAAUAUUUUAAGAUUUUAAAAUAAUGUUAAUGGCCAAUGGUUGCUCUAUUAACAUAGCAGUGGCGCGACUAUGACUUUUUUUGUGGGAGGGGUUAACUGUAGCCCCUUCCUGAUAUUAUAAAAACAUAUAUUGUAAUUUAUACCAUUAAUAUAAAAUUUGACUUCAAAAAAGUUGAUUAUGUAUAAAAAUAUGGGAUGAACGUACCUUUUAACAUUUCUGUCAUUUUGACCAAAUUUACCAAUCACGUAAGGAGCUGUGAACAAUUUAAUUAACGAAAGCAAAAGGUAGGUUUGAAACGUUUGGUGUUUCGUUUAAUGAAUCUAAGUAUUUUCAACGUUCUAUUAACGUUAAAGUUGAUAUGAUGGUCAAAAGAAAGGGAUAAGGAAUAAAAUAUCUCAAGAUCUUUAUUAACAACCGAUGAAAAAUAGAUGAAAACAAAUUAUUUAGAGGCUCCAGUAUAUCAUGUUUUAAGGCCGUCGAAAGUGAACCAUUUUUAAGGGGUCGGAUUUAGACAAUAAUUUAUACACUUCGUGAGUGAUGUGUAACUGUGUGUGUAGUGACUGAUCAUUAGUGUGCGAGUUCCUCGAACACAGGAACACUUUAUGUAAUUAAAUAUAAACUACGGCUAAAAUUCUCGGAAAACGUACAAACGCGCUGUCACGCGUCACUAUAUUUUAGAGAUCAAAAAAAUUUCAACAUGAAAGUCCCGAGAAGUGGGAAAAAAAUUCACCCACUACCAACAGCCCGAAUUUAAGUUGAAAACAUAUUGAAUUCCUUAUUCUCUCUUCUAGGUUAUGUAGGAAAUGGAUUUUCGAUUUUUUUAUAUUGUUUAAUUAUUAUAGACCACAGUGUUAUAUAAGACCGUGGUUAAACGGACGUAUCACGUAUAGUACCAAAUUAAUUUUCUUUUUUUUCUCAAAAUUCACCUUUACUUUAUUGUGACUAAAAAAAAAUCAAAAAUCCAUUUCUUACAUAAUUUAGAAAAAAAAAUAAGAAAUUUAAAUACUUUUUCAAAAUUACAAUUGGACUCCUAGAAGUAUAUUUUUUUUCUUCUGCUGUUGAUCGAAAUGCAGAAACGACCAGCUUCAAACGGCUUUAAGGAGUUAUAUUUAGGCAAUUCAUAUGACAUGAACAUAUUUUGGUCUAUAUUUACGUGUGAGCAUAAUAAUAAUGAACUUUACUCUAUUAGUGUAUGUUUCCGAGAACCACUGUCACAAUGUCUCACAGCGUCGGAUGCAAAUUCGUGCACAUGUCAAUACACCGCAAAAAUGAAAUAUUAUUCUUGUUUUGGAAAACUAUAAAAACCACUAAAAGAAGCAGUAAAUUUAACAUACUUCCUGAAGUCGGAUUGUAAUUUCAAAAAAUUGUUGAAUUUAUAAGCUUUUAGACUAGGUAUGCUCUUGGGGGAAUCGUUUUUUCUUUUUUAUUAAAAAUCAGAUGUGCAAAAAAUAAUUACAAAUGUGAUGCAAUUAUUUCAUGUUUUUUGGAAAAAAUAUCUUAAUUUUAAGGACCUUUAAAAUUGAAAAUCGACCUUCUAAAAAGCAUAGAUAUUUUGUCGAAGAAUUCAUAUAUAGGUAUAUUAAAAAUUAAAAUCGGACGUUCCUAAGUACCUAUGUGAAAUUUAACGAGUAAUAGAGGUAUGUAGGGGGUCGCAUUGUCUCCCGCUAUAACAAUUAUAAAAACUUAUAUCCCACCCUGGGACCCUGAAUUAAUCCCUAAUAAUUUUGCCUCUGCCACUAUAGUACUAUAAAUCAUAGGCCUUAGCUGGGAUUUGGUAUUUGGUGUGCCUUGAAGAAAAUGGACAACUGUGCCUUGACAAACCUAACCUAACCACCCUGUGAUCACGCUUAUGAAUUAUGGUACUUAUAUACUAUGUCUAUGCCUGUUAUCUGCAUCGUGCAUUCUGUGGUUCAAGGUUUAAGAUGGAAUAGUUGCGCAUUGAUGUAAGUUAAAUGUUAACCAUGUUUAUUGUAUUAUUGUUUAUCUAUAAAUAGUACUUAUUAUAAUAUACAUUUCGUUUCUAUA